UUUUAUGAGUAUCUCAGUCGAAAAACUAAAAAAUGAGCUUGGCUCGCUAGAAGAAGUUCAAGAUGAAACUAUUCUUGAGCCUGUGAACUGCUUAAACAAUCUUUUGAAUCAACAAGAAAAGACUUGGGAAUCGGGAACAACAGCCUGUAAAGCUUUAGCUGAUGCUUUAAGAACAGCCUCUCUCCGUACACCCUUAGGAGAAGCUGGUAUCAUUGAAAGCCUAUCAAAUCUUUUGAAAAGUGCUUCUGGAAACCAGCCAGAAUUUCAGAUUCAGGCACUUCGAGUGCUGGGAAACCUUUGCUUUGAUCAUGAGGCAAAUAGAAAGCAUGUCAAGGCUGCUGGUAUUGUUUCUCUUGUUGCUUCUUAUUUGAACAGUCAACGACCUGACUUGAUCCGUACGAUUUGUGGAUUUUACUUGAACAGUAGCAUGGACUAUGCUUCUAUUCAAAAUGAGAUUGCUGAAUGUGGUGCAGCAAAAAGUCUUGUUGAUCUCAUUCAACCUGAUAAAGAAGACGAUGGAUCUAUCACAAUGGCACUCAAGAUUAUAGACAAUUUGGUAGCAGAAGAAAAUGCACGUAAAAUCAUUGCCACUCCUUUAACUGUCAAGACGUACAUCAUUAUGAUUGAGCACUUAUAUAAAUCAGAGGACUAUAUCGACGAUUUAGACAAUUUGGAAAACCUUACAGAUACUCUGUUACAAUUGAUUAUGGACGAUGACAAUCUUCAGAAUGAAAUUAUAAACUUGAACUCUUUGGACAUGCUGCUGGAUCUGCUUGAGAAUUCAGAAAUUGAGCUAGAGGAUAAACAAGACAAGGAAAAGCUUGAGGAGAUUCGCAAGACAAUCAAUAAAAUAGUUGUUUAUGCAACUUCAACAGAUUCCAAAAUGCAAGAAUUAUACAAUAAUCAGCAUGUUUUAUCCAGAUUCUUAUCUAUGGCAACAAGUAAAUCUGAAGUCGCACAUCAAUGUGCUGUCUAUGCAUUAGGAAAUCUUGCUAGAUCAGAUCAGAAUUGUACCGAAUUAGUUGAAAAAUACAAUCUGUCGAAAACCUUACUUGAUUUGUAUCAAAACACAGAAAACGCUACAUUCCAAUAUGCUAUCUCGGGUUGUUUAAAGCAUCUAUGUCUUCCUAUGCAUAACAAAUCUAUCAUCGGAACUGAAGGUUGCAUUCGUAUCUUGUCUCCUACACUCGAAGAGUCCAAAGAUAUGCUCAAGAGAAACCAAUUCUUGACUAUCGGCAUUAUCAAGUUAUUGUGUACCGGAAAUUACGAGAAUUGUAAAAGAGUAAUUCAAGAAAACAACACACUCUCACUUGUGACCUCGUUUAUCAGACGUGUAGAUGAUGUUGCAGCCAAGAGUGAAGCAACACGUAUCUUAACCAAUUUGAUCAAGAUUGUUUGGGUUCAAGCAGACAACACAGAACUGAAAUCUAAGGUGAUUGAAGCACAUAUUAUUGAGCCUAUUAUUGAGCUUAUUCAAACAUCCACUUUUCCUAUUUUGAAAAAUGAUGGUAUUAUGGCACUCACAUUGAUUUUCUCUGAUGUUGAUUCCAAAUUUGGGUGGGACAAAGCUUUGCCAUUGGUGAUUGCAGAACCUCUUACAGAUGCAAUUGUUGAAUCUGAUGAAAACCCUUCUCAAGAAGUGCCUGAAAAGAGAUCAUUCUUACAAGUAUUAAUUGAUGAUAUUUGCCUACAGCGUAAUGAAUUACCAGUCCAGAUUAAAUGUAAUGCAUGUGUAUUGCUUGUGAAAAUAGUUGAAGCAGCUAAAUCAGGUAAGCCACAUAAAGCAAUGGCGAAUGUGUUUAUUUAUCUUGGUUUUAUAGUUCAAAGCCAAGAAGACAUUGUCACAACUAUCAAAUCCUCUUCGUUGAAUCAACUUAAACAAAUUCAAAGUGGAACUGAAUUGGACAGAUACGUACAUGCAUUAACAAAAGCAUUAGAGAAAUGAAUAAAAAC